AAAUUUUAAUAUAAAGUUUAUUUUAUAAAAAAGAUAUAUUUUUUUCAAAAGUUAAAAGGCAAAAAUUCAAGUAGACAACUGCCUAAAAAAAGAAAAAAAGAAAGGUAACAUAGUUUGAAAAAUACUGUAGAUGAUUUGUUAUUUGUUAGGAAAAAAGAAAAAAAAGGUCGAAACAAUCCGAGAUCCAGAACUUACACGGAGUGAGGGUAAGUAAAAAAGCGUUCCGCAACCCAAACUUUACCAAAAGAACAGUAAUACCCUUCAAAAACCUCAUAUACAGGACAUAAUGUACAACCCGCCACUUUGCGAAGGAUAACAACACACCAAAGAAGCCGCUUCGAGUUCGAGCAGCCCAAUAAUGGUUUCGAACCCUGUAACUCUUUCCCGCAAAGCUCUACCCUUGUUCAGGGUUUUGGGAUUCUCUCGCACACCCUUUUCACAUUUUGCUAACCAGACCAAAAUCCCCACAAAUCCACUUCAGAUAAGUGGUUUUAGGAGUUCUUCAACCAAUUCUCAUCUGUUUUCCUCAAAUUUCAUUUGUGGGCAUGUGAGCAAAGAUUUGGUUCAUUUUGGAAUUGGGUUUAGACGAUUGGGUUUUGAUCAUCUUCGGUUCUCGGCUGUUUCAAGUGGUGGCUCUGGCGGAAGUGGGGGGUACGGGGGUUCAACUGGUGGAAAUUCAGGUGGGAAAGGUGAAGGAGGUGGUGGUGGUGGUGGGAGUGACUGGUCCUUGCUUUCAUGGUAUCUGACUCUUCUUGAGAAGUAUCCUGUGUUAACAAAAGCAGUGACAUCUGCAUUUUUGACACUUAUUGGAGAUGUGAUCUGCCAGGUUGCAAUCGAUCAAGCAUCGUCACUCGACCUGAAGAGAACAUUUCUAUUCACUCUGUUGGGGCUGGUUUUGGUGGGCCCCACAUUACACUUCUGGUAUUUAUAUCUGAGUAAAUUGGUCACUCUGUCGGGAGCAUCAGGUGCUUUCUUGCGCCUUAUACUUGACCAGUUCCUUUUCUCACCGAUAUUCAUCGGAGUUUUCUUAUCUACAUUGGUGACGCUUGAGGGGAGGCCAUCGCAAGUGGUGCCAAAGCUUCAGCAGGAGUGGUUCUCUUCUGUUCUUGCAAACUGGCAACUUUGGAUACCAUUCCAAUUUCUCAACUUCCGAUUCGUACCACAGCAAUUUCAGGUCCUUGCUGCAAAUUUUAUUGCUUUGAUAUGGAAUGUAAUUCUCUCGUACAAAGCUCACAAAGAGAUCCUGCCAAAAUAGUUUGGACGAUUGAUGUUGCUUAGAAGUCUGCCAACAUGGUGAUCAUGCAGGAGUGAAGAUAACUCAAUUUUGUUUGACAUAAUCAAUGUUUUUUUAUGCAGUUUGGACAAUUGAUGUUUGCCUAGAGGUCUGCCACAACCCAAAAGGGUUGGACAAAGACACUGUCAAUUACUUUUUGCAUAAAUGUUUGUGUUAUAGGAUUUUCUCAAGAGUUUGGCUGUGUGUUGCAAAAGUCAAGAUGAAAAAUUAUAUAUGAGGAAUUGAGGAUGUUUGACUAUGUAUGCUGUGUUACUGUUAUUAAGCUGUUAUAGUUUCUUCA